AUGGGGGAGAAUGUUUCAGUUGUCCUCCAGAAAAAACUACCCCCCAAGUGCAAAGACCGAGGUAUGUUUACUAUCCCUUAUAAACUCGGUAAUAUUAGGAUUGAGAGAGCAAUGUUAGAUCUAGGAGCUUCAAUAAAUGUCAUGCCUCUCUCUAUUUACUCAUCUUUGAACGUUGGUCCUUUGAAAGAGACAGGAGUGAUUAUUCAACUAGCUGACAGAUCUAAUGUAUAUCCUGAGGGAGUUUUAGAUGAUGUUUUGGUGCAAGUCAAUGAAUUGAUUUUUCCUACAGAUUUUUAUGUGCUUGAUAUGCAAGAAGAUGAUUAUUCUAAAUCAACAUCAAUUUUGUUAGGAAGACCAUUUUUGAAAACAGCUAGGACAAAAAUUGAUAUAGAUUAUGGUACACUUACCAUGGAAUUUGAUGGUGAAAUUAUUAAAUUCAAUAUUUAUGAUGCCAUGAGAUGUCCUGGUGAUGUGUCCUCUGUUUUUGUCAUGGAUUUUAUUGACCCUUCAGUGCAUGAAAGUUUUUAUUUAAAUAAUGAUUACAAGUUGAAAGUUGCACUCAACAUGAAUUUCACUCUUGAAGGAUUGCAGGGAAUCAUGAAAGAGUCUGUAUUGGAUCUUGAUUUGCAAGAUACAAUCCAAGAACUAGAAUCGCUCAAACCCAUGAGGUAUGAUACACCAAAAUUGAAAACGAAACCUUUGUCAAAUCAUCUGAAUCAUGUAUAUCUAGGAGAAGAGGAAACUAUUCCAGUGAUCAUUCCCAACAAAAUCUCCCGCUUUGAAGAAGAAAAGUUGAUUCAAAUGCUUAGAGAGUACAAGGAAGCUAUUGGGUGGAGAAAAAAAUUCUAUGAAAUACAAGGUUUGGAUACAGAAGAAUGCGCGCCACCAACCGUCCUCUCUGCUCCACCUGACCCACAUCUCCGCUCAGUUCGAGAAUCAACCCAGCCAACACACAGCGCCUUCACUCCCAUCUCGUGA